AUGAUACGUAUUGACAACACAAACAAUCCCGUUGUUAUUGAGCAGCUACUUAAAAAUUCUCUUUGUCCAGGGGCUUGCUUUGUGCCAGGCUUCACUCGUGAACCUUUCAAAGCCCGACCAGGAUCAUUGCCUUUCGUAGUAUACUUCCCAUCUCGGUACCGAGGGAUAUGCGUUGGCACCCUCAUCUCGAGAUCUGCAGCCAUUACUGCGGCGGUUUGCGUCACGAACCCAACAUCUCAUAUUCACGACAGAAGACCCAUCAACGUGGUCACCGCAACCCCAUACAGGCAUCCCAGAAGAGGGAUUAGAGUACAAGUCACUAAGAUUCUAAUUCCGAAUUUAUCUGAAGUUACAGGCUACAGACAAUACCUGAUGCAGAAGUCUGCAGCUGUACUAAUGUUUAAGCAGGCCAUCCCGGACGUCAUAGCUGAAGUACCCCUUCGGCCCAUAGACAUUGACUAUUUGGGCGACGUCCAGCUUACAUUACAACAGGAAUGCUUCAUGGCCGGCUGGCACUUCUUUUAUCAAGGGGAUAAAAUAUUCCCCGUGCAUAAAUUCUUAUUGCAACGCAAUUUGCGUGCACAAUUCGUAAAUACGGCGAAGAAGGGAAUUUGGUGCGAAGCCCUUUCCCUUAAAUUCCAGAAGGCGCUAACCAACCUCGGUUUUCAUGGAUACUUCGAGAACACUGGCAGUAUUUGUGUUCGAGAUCCUGACCGGUCAGCCCAGCCCUGCCACGGUAUGUACGGAUCCACGCUGGUUUGCGAAGGGAAAGCUGUGGGCAUGAUGAUGGCACCAGACGCGCAAUGGACCAACUGUACUGGUUUCAGCAACAUUAUUCAUUUGUUCUCCAGCAAAUACCUUAAGGACUUUAUGACUUGUAUUAGCAGACUUUUCGACGUUGAAACUAGUUUUGACUGGAAAUAUCUGAAGCAGUCCCUAUACGAGGAUGUAUCGCUUGAAGAGUACGACUACGUGCCAGUCGUCUACGACAAGCUCAUACCGAACCUGAAGGAGUCGUCGUCUAAUGAAUAUGAAACAUAA